GAAUAUAGUUACGAAGAAAAUUUUAUGUAUGUCAAAUUUUAAUACUUUUUUCUUCUUAUCUUCGUUAUCGCCAGUGUUAUCUACGACGUACAACCUAUUUUCCGAGGUCGGUGGAUACUUAUAUUUUUCUUACUUAACCUAAGCUUUAUCGAACGAACUUUCAGCGCGUGCAAUAUUUUAUCCCCGUCCCUUAACACAUUUUCGUUAACUUCUAGACAUUCAAAAGAUACUUGAUAACCGAUGGCUGAAAAAACAAAGAAAUUCAGCGAAGCAAAGGGUUAAUUAUAUUAACACAGAAUACUUUUAGAGAUUCGCAAACAGAAAGCUACGAACUGAUUAUAUUAGUGAAUAAGAUGGAGCGAGAGAGAAUUUCGAAAGGCGAAUGGGAAACACAAACUGAAAGGAUCAAAGGGACCGAGGAAAGAAAUAUGGUACGGGAAAGUGAAAGGGGAACGUUUAAAGUAACGAAGCAGGUCGAUCUUGAGAAAGCUUGUGAGAAUGUGAAGCAACGUGAGGAAGAUAAUCCUGAGAAAUUUACAGUGGCGAAGGAGCAAGAUCGAGCAGUAAAAUGCAUCGAAGGAACAUCGACCCCUAAUAACGCGAAUAUUCGGAAGCAGAAGCAUCUCCAGCUGCUAAGAAGAGACGCCAUCGAAAUUCGACAGCUUCAAGAGGCGUUACGUGCCGCUCGUGUAGCCAAGGUGUUGCAGAAGCAAUUGGAGGAAAAAGAGUGCAUGCGAGAGAGGGCAAAGUGCAUAGAGAGAGAGGAAGCAAAGGUCAUUAGAGAUUGGUACCAGAGCGAAGAGUUCCAAAGGAAACAAGAGCAGGAGUACUUGGCGAAGAGACUGAAGUACAGGGAAGAUCUUCAGAACCAACUGGUGAACAAUUACUGGAUGAGACAACAGAGAGACGAAGAGCGUCAGCGGGAACGUAAAUUGGUCGAUGAGGUAAAUGAAGUCCUCGAAGAAGAAAAUCAAAAGGUGAGAGAAGAGAAGAGAGCAACGGCCGUUCACUUGAUGGGGGAGCGAGAUGCUUUUUUCAAGGCCAAAGAAAUGUGGAAGGAAAAGGAAAAGACACGUCUACAGGAUGAGUACGUUCGUAUAGGGCGCGUGGCUGCUGAAAAGGAAGAAGAGGAGAAGAAGCGUGCGAGAGUGAAGACCAACACAGACACCGCGAAGCAGGAAUCGAUAGAGCGUAUGGCUAGACAAACUCUUGACGAUGUGUACAGGAAGAGAGAACGCGAAGAAUUCGCUAAAGAGCUCUACGAGGAGAAAAUGAGGACCGAGGAAGCAAAUUGGCAGAAGAACAAAUGGUUGGAAAAGGAACGUGUGAAAAUGGAGUUGCUGGCGGACAUGGAAAUGCAGAAGGAAUUGAUAGAGGAACGUAGGAACUAUGAUGCAGCCAUGGACAGGAGCUAUGCUAGACAGUUGGCUGAGGAGUACGAAGCUGCCCUGAAGAAGGAUAACAGGGAGAAUGAAGCCCGACGUGAAAAAAAUGUUCGCUACGGCAUGGAACUGAAGGCAGCGAUAGCCGAGCGAAGGGCCCUUCACGCUGUUGAGAUCUUACGAAAACAAGCAUGCACGAGGCACGACCAGGAACUCGACAACUUCAGGAGGAAGGAAAUAGCCAAUGAACGUGCUCGAAUGCUGCUUGAGUACGCACCGGAUCUCAAGGGGUUCCUUAAGCCUGGAAUAAUACUGAACGGAAGAGAUGAUAGCGGCACGUGUAUGGCAGAAUGUUGAAAAUAAGCUGUAUACAAAAAAAUUAUAUUCGCGAAGAACAUCUGACGAAUUUUUCUUGCUAUUCAUCAUCUGUGGGCGUGUAGAAUAUUUGGACUUUUUUUUCUUAAAUUUAUUAAGUAUUGGAUAGAUAUUUGAGUACUUGGAGGAAAGGUUGAAUUCGAUAACAGUGAACUAUCGUUUGGGAGUUAUCGCGAGAAAUCGGCCUCUGGGACAGUUGGAGCUGGUGGAGGCCUAUUUGUCAUGACUAUCAGAUAUCCGUUAUCCUUCUUAUCAGAGAAAUAGCCAGUGGGGAUCGAUGGGUCCUCUAUAAUGGAGCAUUAGGCAGGUAAACGUUGUGGAAUUGCGACUUGAUGCGUGCCGUGGGAUCUUUUUAACCGUUCGUCUGUCUUGCGUUGCAAUCGACUGACUCCAAAUCGAUCAAGGACUUCUGUAGAAUGAUCCGACCUUUUUUUUUCAUCCCUUACUAUCACCCUACCGAAUAUGUAAAAUAUCAGUAAAAGUACUUUGGAUCGGAAUAUACCACUUUGUAUCGAAUCGAUGUCCCCUGAAAUGGCAUUCUAAUAUAAAAAAUUGUGUUAGACCCUAACCGUUUAUAUGGUAUUCGA